CUUUCGCACCAUUGCCUAGUGGAGUAAAAGGCAAAGACAUACACAAACCUUUGUACUGUCGCCAAAUCGUGUGCCCAGCCCUACUGACAGCACUGAGUAAAACAUCGUUACUAACCGAGCUUUUUACAGACAAGAAUUGAGAGAAAGACAGGAAGACGACAAGAGGCCAUGAAUUCCUUGUUGUUUGUUGUUGCCGCAACAUCAGUAGCCUGGUGCACACAGGCGGCUGUGUUGACAACGCCGGGCUCUGUGUGCACGUGGAAUGGUCACACCUUCUCGGAGGGGGAGCAGUACAAGCCCGACCCCUGCACCUUCUGCUUCUGUCGGGACGGGAGGGCGGCGUGCGCUGUGGCCGACUGCAUGAUGCCCUCGUGUGUCGACCCCGUGCGCCAACCCGACAAGUGCUGUCCCGUGUGUCCCAACGGUCAAAACUGUCGAGCGUUUGACGGAAGCAUCAUUCCAGCUGGGAAACAAGUGAAAAUCAACGAUGGAACCACCUGCGUGUGUCCCACCGGUGGACUUAUUUACCUGUCGGGUCUGAUGGCAGAGUGUGUUAGCGUAGCCAACUGAGUGAUAGCAAAAUCAAAAUAAAUUUGAUUAAAACCAC